AUGUGGCUCGAUCGACUCGCUAGGCACUCCACGCCUUCACCUACACCUGCCGCAACUUUCGCGGCUCAUGCCCGCAAACCCAACAAUGUAGAGUCCGCUUCUACCUCAAGACCUCCACGAUCAUCAUCUCUUACUGUACAGACGAAUGAUGCAGCAAGCUCGCUGCUAGCCUCUCGGAAAUAUAAUGGUUCCGGACUGAAGUAUUCAUCAUCAACUCCAGAUAUAUCAAAUCCAAUUCAAGUGCUACAAGAAAUCAUUGCGACCUCUGGAGAUAGGUCAUCUAACUUUUUAUGUGACGCAAAAUUUGAUAAAAAUCUAGAUGAAUAUUUUGCGAACAAAUUUGACUUUGAGGGGUUGAGCCUUCAGGAAAUAGUCACAACAUCUUUCGAUUCAACGGAGCAAUUACAGGACACAAAUCAAAAAGCUGUAGACUGCGAAGAUGACAUUGCGGAUCUACAAGAGCUUCACCGUGCUAUUUGCACCUGUGAUGAUGUGCUGAGCUUGGUAGAAUCAGACCUUAUUAGCUUCCAAAAAGAUCUAGCACAAGUCUCUGCUGAAAUUGAAACGCUUCAAGCCAGGUCGAUAACUCUGAAUGCUCGGCUAGAAAACCGAAAAAUUACCGAACAGGUUCUCGGUCCCUACGUUGAACAAAUGAGUGUUUCUCCGGCUGUAGUGAAAAAGAUAGUUGACGGAUCUAUUGAUGAGGCAUGGCUAAGAGCGUUGACAGAAGUUGAAAAAAGGUCUAAGGCACUUGAUUUGAAAACAAAUGAUAAACGCAAUAUAAAGGGCAUUUGUGACCUAAAACCGCUUUUAGAAAAUCUAAUAAGUAAAGCAUUGGAAAGAAUUAGAGACCAUAUCGUAUCUCAGAUCAAAGUUCUACGUUCACCAAAUAUUAACCCGCAAGUUAUCCAACAACAGCAGUUCAUUCGGUUCAAGGAUAUAUACACUUUCUUGUUUAAACACCAUCCCCAACUAGCCGAAGAAAUUGGUCGGGCAUACAUGAAUACUAUGAGAUGGUACUUCUUAAACCAGUUUACUAGAUAUGAGAAAGCUCUCGCAAGGGUUAAACUUCAUGUUAUUGAAAAAUACGAUGUUCUCGGACAAGACGAUGGAACCCGCAAAUCUGCUACACCUGCAAGACCCAAGCUAACUGGUCCAUCACACGAUGCAUUUAAUAUGGGCCGUCGGAUUGAAAUCCUUAAGAAUCCCAAUCAGAUUGCGUUAUCCUCAUUUCUUGCUGAAGGGGACUCAACAUCACAUUACAUUGAAUACUUAUUUCGAAAUUUUAAUUUAGCUCUGAUCGAUAAUGCUUGUGCGGAAUACUCUUUCCUCACAACCUAUUUUUACCCUGCCCUUUCUUUUCCUACUAUAACCCGAUACUUCAACCAUAUAUUUGAACCAACCUUUUCUCUUGGGCAGGCUUUAACAAAGUCUAUCGUAUCUGACACUUAUGACUGUUUGGGACUUCUCAUCUGCGUGCGUCUAAAUCAGCAUUUUGCAUUUGAGCUGCAGCGACGUAAAAUGCCUGCGAUGGACGUCUAUAUAAACGGCACAUCAAUGCUUCUCUGGCCAAGAUUUCAGCUUAUAAUGGACGCACAUUGCGACUCUAUUAAGACACUCACUGCAACCCUCUCGUCACGUAAACCAUCCCCCUCAGAAGCUGCAAAGCAAUCCGCCGCUCCCCAUUUUUUGACCCAACAAUUUGGACAAUUUCUACAGGGUAUUCUAGAGCUAAGUGCAGAAGGUGGUGAUGAUGAGCCCGUCUCAACAAGCUUGGGAAGGUUGAGAGGGGAAAUGACGGCAUUCUUGACUCGAUUCGCGUCAGUAAUGGAGGAUAGGAAAAGAGAGAGAUUUUUAUAUAAUAAUUAUUCCUUGAUUCUGACAAUCAUGGGAGAACACGAAGGCAAGCUUGCCAUUGAACAAAAUAGAUAUUUCGAGGAAAAGAAAAAUGAGCAUGAGGCAAGUGUAAAGUAA